GUGUUCUUGGUGAGGAAGGUCACAGGCUCCGAUGCUGGUCAGCUCUAUGCCAUGAAGGUCCUGAAGAAAGCCACCUUGAAAGUGCGGGACCGGGUCAGGUCUAAGAUGGAGAGAGACAUCCUGGCGGAAGUCAAUCACCCAUUCAUCGUCAAACUGCAUUAUGCCUUUCAGACCGAAGGCAAGCUCUACCUGAUUCUGGAUUUCCUGCGAGGAGGGGACCUCUUUACCAGGCUUUCCAAAGAGGUCAUGUUCACCGAGGAGGAUGUCAAGUUCUACCUGGCUGAGUUGGCGCUGGCCCUGGACCACCUUCACGGCCUGGGGAUCAUCUACCGGGAUCUGAAGCCAGAGAACAUCCUCCUGGAUGAAGAGGGGCAUAUUAAGAUCACAGAUUUUGGCUUGAGCAAGGAGGCCAUCGACCACGACAAGAGAGCCUAUUCGUUCUGUGGGACUAUCGAAUACAUGGCGCCUGAGGUGGUGAACCGGCGGGGCCACACGCAGAGUGCCGAUUGGUGGUCCUUCGGUGUGCUCAUGUUCGAGAUGCUCACAGGGUCCCUGCCGUUCCAGGGGAAGGACAGGAAGGAGACAAUGGCCCUCAUCCUCAAAGCCAAGCUGGGCAUGCCUCAGUUCCUCAGUGUGGAGGCGCAGAGCCUGCUGAGGGCCCUCUUCAAGCGGAACCCCUGCAACCGGCUAGGUGCUGGCAUUGACGGAGUGGAGGAGAUCAAGCGCCAUCCUUUCUUCGUCACCAUAGACUGGAAUAAGCUGUACCGCAAGGAGAUCAAGCCACCCUUCAAGCCGGCAGUGGGCAGACCUGAGGACACCUUCCACUUUGACCCCGAGUUUACUGCAAGAACACCCACAGACUCUCCCGGCGUCCCCCCAAGUGCAAACGCCCAUCACCUGUUCAGAGGAUUCAGCUUCGUGGCCUCCAGCCUGGUCCAGGAGCCCUCACAGCAAGACAUGCCCAAGGCCCCCAUUCACCCCAUUGUGCAGCAAUUACACGGGAACAAUAUCCACUUCACCGAUGGCUACGAGAUCAAGGAGGACAUCGGGGUGGGCUCCUACUCGGUGUGCAAGCGCUGUGUCCACAAAGCCACUGACGCUGAGUACGCUGUGAAGAUCAUCGAUAAGAGCAAAAGGGACCCCUCAGAAGAGAUCGAGAUCCUCCUGCGGUAUGGCCAGCACCCCAACAUCAUCACCCUAAAAGAUGUCUAUGAUGAUGGCAAGUAUGUAUACCUGGUGAUGGAGCUCAUGCGCGGCGGGGAGUUGCUGGACCGCAUCCUCCGUCAGCGGUGCUUCUCAGAGCGCGAGGCCAGUGACGUGCUGUGCACCAUUGCCAGGACCAUGGACUACCUGCACUCUCAAGGGGUUGUUCAUCGGGACCUGAAACCCAGUAACAUCCUGUACAUGGACGAGUCUGGAAACCCUGAAUCUAUCCGCAUCUGUGACUUUGGGUUUGCCAAGCAGCUGCGAGCAGAGAACGGAUUGCUCAUGACUCCCUGCUACACAGCAAACUUUGUGGCACCUGAGGUCCUGAAGCGGCAAGGCUACGACGCAGCGUGCGAUGUCUGGAGCUUGGGAAUCCUGCUGUACACCAUGCUGGCUGGGUUCACCCCUUUUGCCAAUGGACCAGAUGAUACCCCCGAGGAGAUUCUGGCUAGGAUCGGCAGUGGGAAAUACGCCCUCUCUGGGGGGAACUGGGACUCCAUAUCUGACGCAGCCAAAGACGUCGUGUCCAAGAUGCUUCACGUGGACCCGCAGCAACGCCUCACAGCAGUUCAAGUGUUGAAACACCCAUGGAUUGUGAACAGAGAGUACCUGUCCCAAAGUCAGCUGAGCAGACAAGAUGUCCACCUAGUGAAGGGUGCCAUGGCAGCCACCUACUUUGCUCUGAACAGGACCCCACAGGCGCCAAGGCUGGAGCCUGUGCUGUCGUCUAGCUUGGCCCAGCGCAGAGGCAUGAAGAGACUCACGUCCACCAGGUUGUAGUGACCGGCCAGGCCUGCCCUCCAGCCUCAGCCUCCCUGCCCAACGUCCUCUCAGGCUCCCGGACGCCACACACAGGUCCUGCUCAUGGGCACUUGAGUGACCAUGAUUCCAGCACAAAGACGGAUCUGGCCUUGGUUGUCUGUCUCCUUUGCAGCCCUGGAGAGGGUCCUGCCCAGGAUGUCUGAGCCUUGCUGUGCCGACCUCACCGCCGCCCGCUCUCCUUUUCUCCUGAGUGAAACCAAAUGAACCUGUCACCUCAUAGCACCCUGCUGGAGCCUGCCUGAGCUAGCUCAGGGCUUUUAGUCUUUUCAUGUCAUGGCUUAUGUUCAGUGCAAAGCAUUUCUGCCAUCCUGAAGUCAGCUGAGUGGCCAGCCUCUCACAGCCGUGUCCUGCUGUGAUGUUAAGAAUGUCGGUGCACGGUCCCUGCCAGGGGCCCGCAGAGCUGCCCUAGAAGAGCGGGAUGCUCCUGGCCGUUCUGAUGUCACCACUGGCUGUGUGAUGGCAUCCAACUUACAUGCCUGUUCUGCCCAAAGUCACCCAAAGAGUCCCUCGCCAUCCUCUGGUUCACAAACGAGAUGCUGGGCAGCCUCUCGACUCUGUCACUCACUUGUCAGGACGGAAGCACCCAACCCAAGAGUUGGGGUGACUGAGUCUGUUUGAGAGCCAGAUUCAUGACGGUUGAGAGGGGAGCCCCAGGAAGCUGCCAGGCAGAGCCAGUACCCACUGCAUUGCCGCUCCCUAGCGUUCUGGUCCCGAGGACACUGAGCAUGUGGGGCUCUGCCGUUGUCACUUGUGCUGGCAUCUGUGCACGUGUUUGCCUGAGGUGGGGGUAGUGGAUUCAGUCUCUGUUUCCUGGUCCGCAGAGAGACCGAAGAAGUGGAACUGUAUUUGCUUCCCCAGUUCUUUCUUAGCCCUACUGAGGGCAGGAGAGACACCGAGCCCUUUGGCCUCAGAGAGGCAAGAGGUGCCAGGACAGGCUGUCCAUGGGAGUGACGCACUUCGUAGAAGCUGUGGUUCUGUGUUGCAUUUUGUUUCUGUUGUGUAGACCUGUCUUAAAAUCACACUUCACCAAUAGUGUUUUCAGGGUGCAGUCCAUGUGGGGAGCAGGCUGUCUGUGCACUCUUCUUGCAGAGUAAGCGAGUGAGACCCUUGCUGCAUGGCAGGCCCCACUCAGCCUGGCCCUGGAAGAGGGACUUGUGUGUCCUCCAGUCUCUCUGGGGGGUGCCAAGGAUACCCCCGUAGUGGGCUCAGGUCAGAGGACACUCCAUUGUGGCUCAGAAACUGCCAGUCUGAGGCCAGCCCUUCCACCCAGGAGGUGGAGGAAGCACCCGUUAGUCACAUAAGCUUGUACUGGGAAGACAGCAAGCGACCACAGCUCCUCCGUACCUCACUUAGGUCUAGGACCCAGCACCCGCCCUCAGUGCAAUGCGUGGAACAUGUUUCAGACCUCAUUUCACAAGCUUUAAUUAUUCCACUGCACUUUCAUUUGGAAUUAUAGACUACAAAGGGUGGGAGCAGUUGGUGGCCAUGUUCACCGUGUCCCGAGGGAAGUCCUCAUAAUUUCUCAAUGGAAAAUGCUCUGUCCAAGGCUGAAAUCACUUCCCUAUUAAUUUCUGAGGUCUGGGUCCUUCCAUUUCGGAUAGAAAUUGAGAGGGAAAGAGUAGCGGGUAGUCUGUGGUAGAUGAUGUCCUCUUAGAAAUCAGCAGGAGACCCGGAAUCCUCCAAGGGCCUCUCGGCAUGCAUCACUGACGAGCUGUCCACGGCCUUUGGUCUGGGUUUGUUUGCAGCUUCAAAUCUAUGAGUUUUAUCAAAGAGAAAGAACAAGAGAACGCUGAAGGCAUUGCUGAGGAGGUGAGCAUCUUGUGUCCCCGCUGGUCACAUGGUCCCAUCACCUCGGUGAUGCCAGGUUAUCUGCCUUACCCUCACUCUCACCAAUGGGGUGGAGGAGGCCUUCACACCAAACCCUGUCACUGACGUGUCUGUGAAGCAUAUCACACAUCUGUAGAGGAUGCUGGCUCAGCCCUGCUUUGUUGAGAGUGAAAUACCUCGACCUUCCCACCCUCGCCCAGUACACGAUACUUGAAAUCUUCGGUAGAAGCGGCCUAAAGAGCAUGUGGCGGGAUGAUCUGAACCCCUGUUCAGACGGUUGUGGCAUGUGGCCCUACUGUCCCCUGCAUUCACCUCCCCAGUGAGCCCUUACCCAGCACAAUGAAAGGUCCUCUGUUCUCUACACAAGCAACCGAGGCUCCCCCGCAGCCCACUGUCACCCCCUGGCUCUUGGAGGCUACAGAACUUGUCAUGGGGAUCCCUCACCUACAUCCCAGUCCUCCUCUGCCCCUACCCAGUGGUCACUUUGGGGCCAUCCCACUGGCAGCUCCUGACCUAUCUGGGAUGAGAACCCCUACUGAGUGGGGGUGGGGACCUUGUCACAUUCUACCCUGAAGUCAGUGGAGGGCAAGCCAUGAGCGUCCACUGUCCUACAGUCAGAAUGUGUGGUUUAAACUACCUAGAAGCCCCAAUUUGGGGGAUAUUGCCUGGCUUUUUAAGUGAGGAUAGUAUCUUGUGCUAUCUAACGUUGGCAGUAUUUAUAAAUGGCGUUCUUCCUUACGAUGCCCUUUGGGGUUUUCCCUGCGUUGUACUGAUCUCUCAAACCCAGGCGAACGCCAGGACUCUUUCUUCAUCCUCUCUGGCUUAUUUUGCCACCCUUCACCACCUGCAAGACUGUGAGACACCCGGAGUGGGAAAGGACUCUGGGCCCUGUGUGGCAGGGAAAGGUGGAAGGCGAAGCCAGCGUGGCUCAUCCGUGCAGGUGGCACACCCUGCCCACCCUGCUCCCGCCUGGCACUGCAUUUACACGCUCAGCAGUGACGCUCACAGCUCACUCUGUGUCCACGUUUUCUGUCUGUGUUUGAGACGGGCGGCCACUGUACAGAUAUUUAUUAUGCUUUCCAGACUUUCCCAUGAGAUUUUUUGAAUAAACAUGGAUUUUAUGAAGUGUAAUCUUUUU